CUCCAGUGCUUGUAUGUAUGUAUGUUGACGGAAGGAAAGGAAAAAAUAAUAAUCAACUGUUCGAAUCUUCUGGCUUGAACGCCUGACAGUGAGUCGCUCGACGGGGCCGUUCAGUUCACAGCUUUCUUCCUCCGUUCCGACGUGGCUGCAGCAGAACUAAUUACUUGGUGAACCUUGGAUUGUAUCAGGCAAUCAUGGGCAAAGUGAGUCGGAAGGUGAAGGCAAAAGUGGCCAAAGUGCGAAACGAAGCCUUCAGACCUCCUGCACCGCCCGAGCGGAGAAUGUCGUGGUGGAAGCAGGCAAGGGCCAAGUGGCUCUCGUUCCUCCGCCGGCUCAUCGACCUGCUCAGCGGCGUCCUCUUCAGGGUCGCCUACGCCAUCAAGGGCAAGAGUUCGAUGCCACCCAUCAGGAACCUUCUGCUCCUCGAGCCGGCCAUGUCGAUCGCUGCCAAAAUCAGGAAUCGAAAGAUCUCAAGCGAAGAAGUAGUGAAAACGUUCAUCAGCAGAGUAGAGGAAAUCAAUCCGAUUCUCAACUGCGUGGUAGACCAAAGAUUCGAGGAGGCGCUGGAGGAGGCGAGAGCCGUAGAUAAACUUCUCGCGACCACUGACAAAACCGCCGAGGAAAUCGAGAAGGAAACUCCAUUUCUCGGCGUUCCCUUCUCAACCAAAGAUGCGAUCAAGGUCAAAGGAAUGAGUUUCACUGCCGGUUUGUACUGUCGAAAGGACAUCCGAGCCGACGGCGAUGCUGAAACGGUGGCGCUGCUGAGGGCGGCCGGCGCCAUUCCGUUGGUCAUCACCAAUACCUCGGAAGUGUGCAUGUGGUGGGAAAGCCACAACCGGGUGUACGGCCGCACCAACAAUCCUUACGACACGAGCAAGAUCGUCGGCGGCUCGUCCGGUGGGGAGGCGUGCAACCUUUCUGCGGCCGGGACUCCAUUUGGUCUGGGCUCAGACAUAGGCGGCUCGAUCCGCAUGCCAUGCUUCUUCAAUGGCAUUUUCGGCCACAAACCUACCAGAUGUGUGAUCUCAAACCACGGCGAGUGGCCCGAGGCGUCCGACACUCACCAAACCUACCUGGGCACCGGCCCAAUGAGCAGGUUCGCCACCGACCUUGUGCCGAUGGUGAAAAUCCUGGCCAAAAAAGAUCUCCGGUUGGACGAGAAGGUAGAUUUGAGAAAAAUGCGCAUCUACUAUAUGGAGGACGACGGCGGCUCUCCGCACCUGAGUCCGGUUGACCCGGACAUCCGGCAGGCCAUGCGCAAGGUCAUCGAAUACCUCUCCCAAGCACACGGACUGAAACCAAAGAAGGUUGAUUUUCCCAAGCUGCGCCGGGCUGUGUCCAUUUGGCUCGCCAAGAUGAAUUUGGUGGGCGUUCCAGACUUCUGCCAGCAAUUAGCCAACUGUGAGGGCUCAAUCAACCUCGGCUGGGAGCUGGCCAAGUGGAUGGUCGGUCAGUCGAACCACACGUUCAUUGCGCUGAUGACCGCCUUUACGGAGAGGUUCGGCGUGCAGCCCGGCACGCCACACUACGAUCGUCUGUUCAACAUGUGCCAGGACCUGCACAACGAGUUCCAAACCCUGCUCGGCGAGGACGGCGUCUUUCUUUACCCGACGCACCCGACGCCGGCGCCCUACCACAACGAGCCCGUGCUGCGGCCCUUCAAUUUCGCCUACACUGCCAUAAUUAACGUGCUCGGCUUCCCGGCCACCGCCGUCCCUCUGGGCCUCUCCAGGGACGGCCUCCCGAUCGGCAUUCAGGUCAUAGGCGGCCUCCUAAGCGAUAGACUCACCCUGGCGAUGGCUCUUGAGCUGGAGAAAGCUUUUGGCGGCUGGGUCCCACCAAAGAUCGACGUUUGAAAACGCACACUCUAUCCCCCCUCAUAUGCUGGAGGAGUUUUUUUAUUAAUCCGGCGGCGGGAGGGGGUCCUUGUGUGUUGAUAUUAAUAAUUUUUACAGAUAAAUCAAAACAAAUUAAUUUAGUUAUCAAAGAUUCCUAACAAACCACACAAAGUCCCCCUCUGAAGGACGGAUUAUUAAGUUAUUAAAAUUAACUUGAAGCGCCUGAGGGGAGUAAAACAUGCGUUCGGCGUUAGUUUUAUUAAUUGUUCUUUGAAAUUUCAUAAUAUAUCUUGUCAUAAAUCUCUGCUGGAUCAAGAAAUGAUUCAAUUCUAAGUCAUGUCCGGUUAGGUUUGUAGUUUAUUUUCAAACAGAGACUGAGGCGAGGUACGAAACUGCAUUUAAUUUUGGCACUUCCUCUAUUUGCCAAAUGAGAUACACACGUUCUUCAAUUGCAGACACUCAUCGACCUAAAUCUAUAUCUGUGAAAUUGUUUCCGCUAACACGAAUGUAUAAUGUGAUUCGCGUUAUUUCUGAUAAAUUGUAUUUGAUGUGAACGAAAACACGUCAUACAUCGAAAUUUCUAUAUAUUUGUUACUGCUAUUAUACUCUUUGACAGUUCAGAUACUCCAAAAAUAUAUAUAUUAAAAGAAAUGCCAUUGUAUAACAAAAUUAUUUUAUUCCUUUUAAACCUAAAAAAAUUGUUAUUUUCUUUGAAUGAUCAGUUAAAUUGUAAAGAGGCGAUGUAACACAUUUAUCAUUAUUGGAAUCUUCACAAUUUACCUCAUUAUUAGUAAAUGUUGCCCGUUCUGAAAAGAUAUUAAUGCUAAGUGUGUUUUAGGUUUUAUUGUUCCAUCCCGUACCAAGAUGUUGGCUUGCACUCCAGAGCAGCAGCCAGACUUUGAAUGCCACUCUGCUGACUUUAUCUGCGAUUGUCAGCCAGGCUCUGAACUGUUUGCACCUCACGCAGGAAGGACGGCGGUGACGUUGGGCUCUGUUUCCUGCAAGCUGAGGUGCUCGAGGAGGCGUUGGCAGGCUACCUGUACCUGGCGUCACCUGUCGGAUGGCGCUAAGUUUCGUCUGAUUGCCAAGGGCAUGCCGGAGAAUGUUGUUCGGCUACUUCUUCGAAAAGGAGGUCCACUUUUUCCGGGAGUUAGAGCUCUGUGGGCUCCUUCAUGCCCAUCGCCACGUAAGAUUGAGAAAGGUCCACGUUUCACUUCCGGACGCAAUGUCGCCAAAGAGGGUUGCAGCACGCCGCAGGAACCAGGCCAGGUACUUCUUGAGCCCUCAUCCUACUUGUUUUCUGGCUGGAUGCGUAAACUCAGCAGACGCAGGAUGUCUCCGAGCAGCUGCUUUUCUUCCUCACGCGACAUGAGCCCAUUACGCCUCCGCCUCAGAUCAUCUUCGGCUUGCCUAUCCUCCCUGGCCUUCAGGUACUCGUCCGAGGCCCUUUGCCUUUCCUGACGGAGCUUUUGCAAUCGCUCCUCAGGGGACGGCAGCUGCACGGGAAGCUCUUCCGGCUCGUUUGCCGGCUUCUGGCCAUUGACGCGUCCAUCCAGCGUCCCCUGGACGUCCUGCUCAUCCUCCUGCGGCGAUGUCGGGGAAGGCGAACAGCACUGUUGGCCCAGCCGAUGCAACCUCCUCCGCUCAAUCUCUUCGGCCUUUCGCCGCCUUUCCCUUCGCCACUCCUCAAUCUGCUCGAGGGUGGCCCCGGGUGAUGGGGGUCGGGGCCAGAAGUCCUCUAGCUUCAUCCCCAGUCGUAGGUCUACCUCGAUCUGCUCCAGCAAACCUGGGUUGGCCAGCAGCUUCAUUGCUUCCUCACGCAACCGGAGCUCAUAUCGCUUCCGCCUCAGAUAAUCCUCGGCUUCCUGCCGCUUGCGUUGCCUUUCCUCACUGGCCUGUUGCUGCUUCUGCAGGUACUGUUCCAUGAACCUUUGCUGUAACUGCUGGCGCAUUUGCAUUCUUUGCUCCUCAGGGGACGGCAGCCGCAUGGGGAGCUCCUCUUCCUGCUCGUUUGCCGGCUGCUGGCCGUUGACGCCACCACCCAGCGUCUCCUGGACGACCUGCUCGUCCUCCUGCGGCUGCUGGCCAUUGGAGCCUCCACCCAGCGUCUCCAUCGGUAUAUCUUUAAUAUAUACAAUGGUGCGUCAGCUGUGAACAAAAAAUGUUUUUUUUUAAUUUAAAUGUUGAAAUUUUGAUGGGGGAACGAUUCGGACGCUCAAAUAUUUUUUUAUUGCAAGUUAAGUGAAACUCAUGACGCGUUUUAUUACUCGCAUCCCCAUGCGGACCAAAUAUUCUACACGCGCAGAGAAAAAAAAUCAAUAAGACCCUGAAAAUAUGACCAAAAACACAUUUUUUUUUAUUUUUGAAAGUAAAAAUAUUGGAGGCUUGGGUAAAUUAGUGGGUGUUAUUGGGUUUUUUUGGCUUUGUUAAAACCAGAAAAACCUGGUGGGGAAAAUUCGGAACCCUGCGCUACAAAUAGACCAGCGAGGCGAAAUUAUAAAUUGUUAUAACCGCACCCACAGUCAAGGACAUGUGUUGUGCCUCCCGCCCUCUGUUACCCUGAAACAAAAAUUCUGAACACCCAAGACGAUAUGCCCGCUAGGUGGUUGACAAUAUAUUUGCUUGGCGCUGCCCCUGUCAAGCGCACAAUACGCUAAUCCGCCUUUUGUAUUACGCGAAGCUUGCACUCCCUCGCAAACGCCUAAAUAAUUUCCUCGCAACAAAUAAUUAAAUAGCCUACAGCCUUAUUUUGCGUUGUCAAUUUCUGAGACAGAUUUAACAAAAAAAAUUCUCCUCUAAAAACAGGACAAAAUGGUAUAAAAUGUACCAAAGUUGGGGCUGAAACGGCACUAAACGAUCCACUACAUCGGACGUAAACAAGUUGGACAAAAUUGCUCAUAUUAUUAUCAUGUUAACUCUGAACUGCAGUGUAAACUGAGUCGACAGAACAUCUGGCUGUGAGCAAAUUUUUUUUAAAUAUUUCUUAUCAAGUGAACAAUAGCAUUUAUUGCAAAAACACCCUCACUAGUUGUUUAAUAAUUGCUCAUUUAAUUUUGUUAUAUUGGAAUUGUAACAAAUCUUCAGAUUGAAGUAUAAGUUUUAAAUACUGUCAAUUCUUUAUGUGCUUAGUUAAUAUAAUUAAAUUUGUUGUAUUUUAUUUAAAUACACCGAACUGUUUAAAAUUAAUAGUUUUUUUUAAAGAAUUAAGACUAGAAAUUCAAAUUAGUAUUAAUGCCAGCCAAAUGGAUAAAAAUAAUUUUAUAUGUAUAAAUGGUAGAAACAAACCCGCAACUAUGCAACCUGCGUUGCAUGUGCUCCACAGAUAUUAUGCCUGACAGUAUAAUAAGGUCAAAAGUGAUAAAUUUAAAAACGUUCAAAAUUGUGUUGCAGUCUGCCGUUGCGUUGUCUCUUUUCAAGAGCAUGAGGCAGCGAGGUUCCACAGAAGCCGCACAAUGAAACAAACACGUGUUUGCGCUACAAGUACAAAAAGCUUUGUCCAGGGCGAGUGAUGGGAGGGUUAAAAACAUUCGCAACAAAAGGCGUUGCUAUACUCAUGGCAGGCGAAUGGUCGCAGUGGAAUGCGGGGGGAAAUUACCACCCAUGUAGUGAACAUACAAAAUUCGUUGGAAGAUUUCGAUUCCCGCCUGUUUUCCGGCACAAAAAUGUGUAUUGGGAAUUCCACAAGUAGAGGUCCAACAAUCAAACGACGUUCGUUUUCUGUUCAGUUUUCUUUUGAGUAGGGUCGACAUCUCAGGGAAGCGUUAAAUCUUUAGAAAAGAAAAUUCAGUUCCCAGCCUCACGCCGUGGGGGUUCUUGCCCUUUGUGCUUUAUUUGAAACAUUUUUAUCCCUCAGGGGACAUUGCACAUUUGAGGGGAAAUAAACUGAAACCUUCUCAUUUUUCUGGAACUUUCCACUCUUCGUCAUAAUGUGGCGCGCCGUUUUAAAAAUAUCACAAACUCGCUGCUAAUUUGCCUAAUUUGGAAAUUUUCACAUAAGAAAAUCCGCAUUACGCCCGCAGAUGCUAUUAUUUGUGAUGGAAAAUUCCUUCAAAAGUUAAAUGUAAGCAAACCUUAAUUGUUUUUCGCAGUUUUUUACAAUUUCAAAAGUGUUAAAUUCAUAGCUCCCUGCAAAACAAGUCGUAAAUUCGAGGGAUAAAAUUUUAGAAUGAUUUUUUCGAGGUCCCGAUCAUUAUUAGGAAAAAAAAGCGCGUUUAAACCGGCAGUGGAUUGGUAGUAUGAUCGAAUAAAUUUAAAAUAAUAUACACGUACCUGUUGGUGAAUAGGGCAGCCAAAAUCUUUGGCUAAUAGUGAGUCAGAAAGAAGCAGAAGUUCGAGUGAAUGCGAGUUGUGCAGCGAUCUCACACACACAACUUGCUGGCUGCUGUGUCUUCUUUCAAAAUGCGAGUUGCUGCUGCCUGCUUCUCUAUCAAGAAAAGUUGCCUCCAAAGGGGAGAUCCGCAGGAAGGAGCGCAGGGAGCCCAAGUUGGAUCGCAGUCAGAAAGGAGAAGCAGCCCAUAGAGCACGUGGUGAAAGAGAAGAUCCCGGCCCAGCUCUCCCUAUCAGUUAUACUGCUCUCAGACGAAUCAGCUAAAAUUUUUGGCUGCCCUUGUUAAGACUUUCGCCAGGUUGCUAUUAUACGCGGUGAGAGCGACAUCGGAAAACAUGGAGUGGUUAUUUCCAGGACCUGAAGACUCGCUGCGGGCUAUGUACGAGUUGACGGACAGCGAUUAUUACAUUCCCACGUUUGCGCAGAGGCUGGCGUUGCAGAACGCCUUUGAAUUGUUUGAGCUCGGUGUGCUCGAAAGGUUGACCAGGCAAGGCCCUCCCCUCCUGCGCGGUGAUCUUCGAGCCGAGGAAAUGCUUAGACUGCACAACUUGAGGCAUGAGCUGAGGCGGCGCGACGUACAGCACGGAGUCGACGUACAGCACGGAGUCGACGUACAGCACGGAGUCGACGUACAGCACGGUGUCGACGAACAGCACGGAGUCGACGAAACCCAUAAAUUCGAUAAAUUACUGGUGGAUGAUAAAAAUAUAAAAAAUACGCUUCCUCAUGAAUGCCUGCUGUUGUGUAAUGAACUGGUGGUGAUCCCACGAUGAAGCCCCGGAGGCCUGGCCGGCCGACUUCUUCGCAAAACACAAAACCUACCAAAUUUAAAUAAUAAAUUUUUAACUAUUAUCCGAUCCAAAACCGUUUGUUUUGAUUACGAAAGUGUCCAAACCAAACCGCACGGCAAUGUUUUAAAACUAAUCGUGGUUUAAUGAAGAAAAAACAAUAAAAUUCAAUUUUUGGUCUACA